GUCCUUAUAGUUAGUUUUGAGCAUCAGUCUUUAAGCUCUCCAACAAGGGUAACUGCUUUCAGUCUGAAAGGCUUCAGUGAAGAACUUAUUUCAUUUUUUUUAUUUGUAUUUAUUUAAUAAUUUUUUUAGAAAGAAAGAAAAGGAACUUUUGUAGAACUUUCAGGACUUGGUCAGUGCCCACAGGAUUUUGAACGCUUUUUUUCAAGUGGAUCUAUAUAUCUAUAUCUAUAUCUAUAUAUCUAUAUAGAUAUAUUUGAAUUUCCCCUGGUGUGUGAAUAUCUCCUCUCUGUACAGAGAAUUACAAUGACGUUAUCUGAAGGGCUGUUUUUGCUCCUAAUGCUGGGCAUCUGUGAAGCAAGUCGAGUUGCAGAAACUGGAGAAGACAAUAGUGUAUUUGACCUAUUCGAAGUCAGCCGAGUGGCACGAAAAAACAACGGCGUCGCACUCGUGAAAGGACCAGAUCCAUACAGCCCCGCUUACAAGAUUCUCAACGCGGACCUGAUUCCCCCGGUUCCCGAGACCCCCUUCCGGGACCUGCUAGAUGCCAUUCACGCGGAGAAAGGGUUUCUGUUCCUUGCUACCCUGAAGCAAUCCAAGAGGAGCCGGGGCAGCCUGCUGACCAUUGAGAAGCUCGACGGGUCCGGUCAGGUCUUCGAGAUCGUCUCGAACGGCAAUGCGGGCACCAUGGAUCUGGUUUAUACCAUUGAGGACAAGCAGCACGUCGUGUCGCUGGAAGAUGCGGAGCUAGCGACCGGUAACUGGAAGAACAUCACGCUGUUAGUGCAGGAGGACCGGGUACAGCUGUACGUGGGCUGCGAUGAGAUUGACACAGUCGAGAUGGACGCUUCCAUCCACAGAAUCCUCACCCAGGAGUUGCCUGGCACUGCCCGACUCAGGGUGGGAAAAGGGGCGAUCGAGGACAAGUUCCAGGGGGUGCUACAGAACGUACGCUUUGUGUUUGGAACCACAUUGGAAGCAAUUCUGAGAAACAAAGGAUGCUCCAGAUCUAUCACUGACACUAUCACUUUGGACAACCCUGUUAAUGGAUCCAGCCCGGCUAUCAGAACAGACUACAUCGGGCACAAAACCAAAGACAUUCAGACUGUGUGCGGCUUCUCCUGUGAUGAGCUGGCCAACAUGUUCAAGGAGCUGCAGGGUCUCAGAGUCAUCGUCACCCAGCUGGUGGAUAAAGUGCACAAAGUGACUGAAGAAAAUGAACUCAUCCAGAAAACAAUUCAAAUCCGACCAGGUAUCUGCGUCCACAAUGGCAUCUUCCACAACAACAAGGAGGAGUGGACAGUGGACGGCUGCACCGAAUGCACCUGCCAGAACUCUGCUACAGUGUGCCGUGAGAUCUCCUGCCCCCUCAUGCCCUGUGCCAACGCCACAGUUCCAGACGGAGAGUGUUGCCCUCGCUGCGGCACCCCGAGUGACUCUGCAGAGGACGGCUGGUCCCCUUGGUCUGAAUGGACUCAUUGUUCAGUGACCUGUGGAAGAGGUAUCCAGCAGAGGGGCCGCUCCUGUGAUCGUAUCAGCAGCAGCUGCGAGGGCACCUCCGUGCAGACCCGGGACUGCUACAUCCAGGAAUGCGACAAGAGAUUCAAACAAGACGGACACUGGAGCCACUGGUCCCCGUGGUCGUCCUGCUCAGUUUCCUGCGGCGCUGGAGUCAUUACCCGAAUCCGCCUGUGCAACUCACCCACCCCCCAGAUGGGAGGGAAAGACUGCGUGGGAGAGGGCAGGCAGACCGAGAAGUGUCAGAAAUCACCAUGUCCAAUCAAUGGUAAAUGGGGUCCCUGGUCGAUGUGGGAUACCUGCACCGUCACCUGCGGAGGAGGGGUUCAGAAGCGCAAGCGUCUUUGCAAUAACCCACCCGCUAAGUAUGGGGGCAAAGACUGCAUUGGGGAGCCCAAAGAGUCCCAGCUCUGCAACAAGGACGACUGCCCUGUCGAUGGUUGCCUGUCCAACCCCUGCUUCGCUGGGUCUAAGUGCACCAGCUUCCCCGACGGUUCCUGGAAGUGCGGGCCCUGCCCAACUGGCUACCAAGGCAAUGGAGUUCAGUGCAAAGAUAUUGAUGAGUGUAAAGAGGUGCCCAACGCCUGCUUUGUGUUCAACGACGUCCACAGAUGUGAAAACACAGAUCCUGGAUACAACUGUCUGCCUUGCCCGCCACGCUAUUCUGGGGAGCAGCCCUACGGCCGAGGAGUGGAGGAUGCCACAGCUAAAAAGCAGGUCUGCAAGCCUCGUAACCCCUGCAAUGACGGAACCCACGACUGCAAUGCGAACGCCCGCUGUAUCUACCUGGGGCACUACACAGAGCCCAUGUUCCGCUGUGAGUGCAAGCCCGGCUAUGCUGGGAACGGACACAUCUGCGGAGAGGACACCGACCUGGACGGCUGGCCCAACGAGGAGCUUGUGUGUGUGGAAAACGCCACCUACCACUGCAAGAAGGACAACUGCCCGAACCUUCCCAACUCUGGACAGGAAGAUUACGAUAAGGACGGAACCGGCGAUGCCUGUGAUAGCGACGACGAUAAUGAUAGUGUCCCAGAUGAGAGGGACAACUGCCAGUUCAUCUACAACCCUCGUCAGUAUGACUACGACCGUGACGAUGUUGGUGAUCGCUGUGAUAACUGCCCCUACAACCACAACCCUGACCAGGCUGACACCGACAGCAACGGGGAGGGAGAUGCAUGUGCCGUGGACAUCGACGGAGAUGGUAUUCUGAAUGAGAAGGAUAACUGCCCCUACGUUUACAAUGUUGACCAGAGAGAUACAGAUUUGGACGGUGUGGGAGAUCACUGCGAUAACUGCCCACUGGAGCACAACCCUGACCAGGUGGAUUCUGACUCUGACCGAGUUGGGGACAAGUGUGACAGCAACCAGGACAUUGAUGAAGAUGGACACCAGAACAACCUGGACAAUUGUCCCUACAUCCCCAACGCCAACCAGGCCGACCACGACAAAGACGGGAAGGGUGAUGCCUGCGACCACGAUGAUGACAAUGACGGCAUCCCAGACGACAAAGACAACUGCAGACUGGCUUUCAACCCUGACCAGCUCGACUCUGAUGGAGAUGGACGCGGAGAUAUCUGCAAAGACGACUUUGACCAAGAUAACGUGCCCGAUAUCUACGACGUCUGCCCAGAGAACUUUGAAAUCAGUGAGACCGACUUCCGCAAAUUCCAGAUGGUACCCCUGGACCCCAAGGGAACCUCCCAGAUUGAUCCUAACUGGGUGGUGCGGCAUCAGGGCAAGGAGCUGGUGCAAACCGUCAACUGCGACCCUGGCAUUGCUGUCGGUUUUGAUGAAUUCAACGCAGUGGAUUUCAGCGGCACCUUUUUCAUCAACACCGAGCGAGAUGACGACUACGCUGGCUUCGUGUUUGGCUACCAGUCCAGCGCUCGCUUCUACGUGGUCAUGUGGAAGCAGAUCACACAGACCUACUGGUCCGACUCUCCCACCAAAGCUCAGGGAUACUCAGGGCUGUCCAUUAAGGUGGUCAACUCCACCACCGGUCCAGGGGAGCAUCUGCGUAACGCACUGUGGCAUACGGGCAACACUUCUGGACAGGUGCGCACCUUGUGGCACGACCCUCGCAAUGUUGGCUGGAAAGACUUCACAGCCUACAGAUGGCACCUUACCCACAGGCCAAAGACUGGGCACAUCAGAGUUGUGAUGUACGAGGGCAAGAGAAUAAUGGCAGAUUCUGGAGCCAUCUAUGACAAGACCUAUGCCGGUGGUCGAUUGGGUCUGUUUGUGUUUUCUCAAGAAAUGGUUUACUUCUCAGACCUCAAGUACGAAUGCAGAGAUGCAUAAUCACAGACGAGAGAGACUGUUUGGAUAUUGCACCUUUCUAUAUAAAUAUAUAUAUAUAUAUUUUUCAAAAUGAAUUCUGGGGCCAUUAUUUUCAUUACUUUUCCUGCUGCAAAAGACUUGGGUGGAAUCAGAGCAUGUGACCUGCCUCGAAGUGACGUGACGUUGGGAGAAGCCAGCUGACUGCCAGUAAAACGCUCAGUGUUCUCCCUCGAUCCAGGGGAGCUGAGUCUCCGUCGCUAAGCCCUCCGGACCACCCUCCCGCUACGCCUGGAAACGACUUCACUUUCCGCAGUUCCCCUUGCACUUCAGAACCUGUCUGCUCAUCUGUCUGGAUGGUCCCAAGGAAGGACUCAAGUAUUUUUUAUUAUUUUUAAAGACCAACCACAGAUCUGAUGUGGACUAUUAAAAAAAAAAAAAAAAAAAGGACAAAGUUGUAUAAGUUGUAUGAAGAAAGCAAUAAGACCUUUUAUUUUAGGGUCAGAAACCCUGGGGACUUGAUUGUCAGUGAACGAUGAAUAAAACAUGGAGAGACUGUUGCUAUUGAAAUGUAUAGUUGUGGACUUCAUAUUAACUGAGAAUUGUGUGCUAGCUUUUAUGAGCUUCUUAGCGUGUCUGUACAUGAAAUUAAAAGGACCCCCCCCCCGCCCCAAACUCUCCUGCCUGCCUGCUAACCCCCCCCCUCUUCAACAAACCCAUCUAGGAACAGUUAUGAAUAACCUCAUCAAAGUCAGACCAAACAUCUCUCUUGUUGAAAGAAGCAAGUAAUAGAACCCAGACAUUGCUGUGGCUGACUCAGCCAUAGUGCCAUGGUUGACUGCAGAUGUACAUGUUGCUCAGUGUAGCAAGGGGCGUAUCCUCAGGGUUAAGCCAGACAGCUCUGCUACCCUGUCUGCACAGCAACCAGUGUUAACCCUGCCCCCCCAUGUUGAAGGAGUUUAUAUUAGUUAAUGGUUAAGAAGAUGUGGAACUACAGGGGGCAAAAAAAUAAGAGCAUUAAACAUUUGAAAUUGUUUCAGACACCAGUUUUCAAUGAAGCCCAAUCUGUAAUUUAUUAUUUAUAUUAGAGCGAAGGACACUUUCUUUAUGUGGAGGGGAGUAGGAUAACAGGUGACAGACAGCGAUGUGAGGUUUAUUGCUAGUCUAGUGAGACUGCAGCAUGUAAGAUUGUAAAUAAAGUAAUUAUUUAUUAACAUUGUUCUAUAUUGAUGCUUAGAAUUUUAUUUUUGUCCAGUAGUUGUGUCCUAAUUGUUUUGUUUAAAAAGAGGACCCCCCCAGCCCUGAGUAGAACUGAAAGGGGGCGUCCUCUUUGAGCCUGUCGAAAUGUUUUCAGACAGGCAGCGGGGCCUUUAGUAAUGCGAUGCCUUCAUUCUGCUUAUUCAGAGAAAAGCAAAGAGUGCCUUCUUUUUCACACAUGCCUUUGGCAGUAUGUGUGAAGCCUAUCGUUUCUUUUCUGAAAGUAAAAAUGUAAAAAAACAAAUUUUAAAAAGAAACUGAUAAAGGAACUUUGAUGUACAAAUAUUACCUCAUUAUUAUUGUAUGAUUGAAACAAAAAAAAGAGAGAGAGUACCUUUUGGAUAUAGCAGCAGAACACUUCAAUUUACUUAAAAGCUACUGUAAUACAAAAUGUUGUACAUAGUAAAAAAAAAAAAAAUACAAAAUAUUUUUGCUGAUGAAAGAAACGUAUCCACGAUAACGGCGUUGAAAACUUGGUUGUUUUCUAAUGUUUAGCUUAGAGUAUGCCUUUGCUUUUAAAAAUAAAUUAUUGUUGCUACUUGUAACAGAUAAUUUCAUAAUUGUGUAGAUAUAUGCUAUUUAAAUAAUUUAUCAGGAAACGCUACCCGUAGAGUUAAGCGUUUCUGUCUGUAUAAACCGUUUGCACAGUGACGUGAGGAUGUUUUGCUUAUGAUUAUCUUUUUUUUGGGGGGGUUUCUUUCUAUUUUUUACCAUUAGCGGAUGCUUGUUUGUACACAUUCCUACCAGUUUUUUUACAAAAAAAAGGAAACAAUCUGUAACAUACAAAACAAUAAACAGAACAAAUGUCAA